AGAUAUAUCUAUCUCCUAACUCAACAUUUCCAUUCGGCUCUCGCUCCUUUUCUUGGCGCUUAUAUUUUUCUUUUCACAUCAAACUAGCUUCUCAAGCUGUUUAGCUACAUAGAAUUUUUUUUCCUCUGUACUCUCGGAUUACUGAUUUUCAGCUUGGACAAGAGGGUAUUACUAUUGAUUCUGCAUCUCUCUUCUACCCGCUGCAACAAUUUGAAGCUAGUAAACUGUUCAGUUUACAGGUCCCCUUGACUGUUACAGGUGUGCAUAAUUAAAAAUGGCACAAAUUUUGGGUGGUCUAGUCAACAUUGUUGUAACACCGAUCUAUAAUGCUAUAUUCAAACAUGCAUUGUAUCCAUUCAAAGUUACCAGAAAUGUGGAGAAUCUCGAGAAGGCUACAAAGAAAUUGAUUGCUAAACGUGAUGAUGUUGAGAACAAGAUUAGUAACGAUGAGAGAAGCGGCAUGAGAAUAAAAAGUGAAGCAAGAAGAUGGUUGGAGGACGUCAAUACCACCAUAUCUGAAGAAGCGGAUAUUAAUCAGAAAUAUGAAAGCAGGGGAAUGACUUUCGGCGGAUGCUCCAUGAAUUGCUGGUCAAACUACAAAAUCAGCAAGCGUGCAUCGCAGAAGCUCCUUGAAGUGAAGGAGCAUUAUAUAGCUGAUAUGAGUGUCGUUGGAGAUCAACCAUCGCCAGAACCUGUUCAAAAGAUCCCUAUUCCCUGUGAUCAUGUAAUGGACAAUGAUAACAAUCUUCGUGAAGCUCUGGACUAUAUCAAGAACGAUCCAGUUGGGAUAAUUGGGAUAUGGGGUGUAGGUGGAGUUGGCAAGACCCAUCUCCUGAACAAGAUCAACAAUUCAUUUCUUGGGGACUCUUCCUUUCAUUCUAUCAUCUAUGUUAUUGCCUCUAAAGAGUGUUCUGUGCAGAAGAUCCAAGCUGAGAUUGUCAAGAAACUUAACCUACGGAAAGAUGACGAUGUAAAAUUCCAAGCCCACAUCAUUUCUGAAUUUCUCGACGGAAAAAAUUUUCUGUUAUUGUUGGAUGACCUCUGGGAGAGGAUUGAUCUUCUGGAAGUUGGCAUACCAACACUAGGAAUUGAAAACAACCUCAAGAGGAAGGUGGUCCUCACAACAAGAUCACAGGAUGUAUGUGGUCAAAUGGAGGUGAGGAAACAGAUAAAAGUUGCUUGUUUACGAGAUGAGGAAGCAUGGAAACUAUUUCUGGAGAAGGUCGAUGAAGAAACUCUCCCUUCCAGUUCUCUAAUUGAACUUGCAAAACAAGUAGUGAAGGAACUCAAGGGCUUGCCAUUGGCUCUUGUAACUGUCGGAAGGGCAAUGUACGCCAAAAGGGACCCGGUGCUAUGGGAGCAUACCAUUGAUUACAUGAAAGGGGCAUGUCGUGAUAAGGACGGUCCCCUCUCUAUGGAAACUGUUUUCAGGCAACUUAAGUUCAGUUAUGAUAGUUUACGGAAUGACACCCUGAAACGUUGUUUCUUGACUUGUGCAUUGUGGCCAGAGGAUGUGUUCAUAGCUACAGAUGAACUCGACCAAUGUUGGAUGGGCUUAGGUCUGGUGGACAAGGAUGAUAUACAAAGUUCCUACAGAGAAGCAUGUAACGUAAGAAGUGAACUUCAAUCUGCCUGUUUGUUGGAGAGCUGGCAUACUUCUCGUGUAAUCACAAUGCAUGAUGUGGUUCGUGACAUGGCUCUAUGGAUCUGUUGCGGUUGCAGUGAAAAGAACGACAACUGGGUUGUCCAUGCACAAGUUGGCAAAAAUUUAUCAAGAAGAACCAUCCCAUGGAGCAAAGCUGAAUGCGUCUCCUUGAUGUGGAAUCGCAUUGAAGAAUUGCCUCCCAUGGAUUCAAAUUAUUUUCCCGCAAAACUCAGGACAUUAUGUCUUCAAGGCAAUCGUUUGGAUGGAAGGAUAGUUGAAACUCUUAAGAAUUUCACUGCACUCACAUAUCUGGAUUUAUGCUCGAAUUCCCUCACUAACAUACCAGGGGAGAUAUGUGCCUUGGCCAAUUUGGAGUAUCUCGAUUUGGGAUAUAAUUCAGGAAUAUGCGAAGUCCCCACCUGCUUUAGAGAACUCAGUAAGCUCAAAUUCUUGUAUCUGUCAUGCACUAACGUAUGGAGAAUUCCAGAGGAUGUCAUAUCUAGCCUUAAAGCACUGCAGGUCAUAGACUUGACGCCAAAACCCAAACCUUGGAAUCGGUACGGUAACAGAGAAAACCACGCGGAUCAUAUGCCUUCAGUAGUACUAAUCCAAGAGUUAACCAAACUAAGUAAGUUAAAAGCAGUUGGCAUUACUGUUGAAAGUGUUUCUAGUUAUGAAGCACUUAAGGAAUAUCCUAACCUACCUAUUAGGAGACUUGUUCUAAAUAUAGAGGAACGAGAGUCAGUGUUCUAUCUACUGACUGGUCCUUUGUCAGAUCACUUGGCUCAAAUGACCUUACAUAAGUUGGAAAUUUAUCGCAGCAGCAUGGAGGAAAUAAUAAUAGAGAGACACGAGAGUGGUGGCCAUUUGGAACAAAACUAUAGUUUUGACGCUCUGAAUCAGCUGGACUUACAAUUUUUGGAAAACCUGAAAGUUAUUACGUGGAAAGGAAUACGUCCGGAAUUGCUUUUCCAUAGGCUCACCGUUCUGUAUACCAUUGACUGCGACCAGCUGGAAGAUAUCUCGUGGGCGCUGCAUUUACCUUUUCUGGAAGAACUAUGGGUGCAAGGUUGUGGCAAGAUGAGACAUGCCAUUCGGAACAUAUCAAAGCAAGAGAGCUCAAUGCAAUCGAUUGAUACAUUCCCGCGCCUCGUUUCUAUGCUAUUUGCAAAUAACGAUGGGUUGGUCAGCAUAUGUGAUUCAGAUGUGACAUUCCCAUCCCUAAAGAGCCUGAGGGUCACAAAUUGUGAAAAUCUUAAGAGGCUUCCUUUUCGGCGGCAGCAGAGCUUGCCACCCAAGUUGCAGGUUAUAUACUCCGAUAGUGUUGAAUGGUGGGAUAAUCUUGAAUGGGAAGAAGAAGGUAUCAGACCAAUGCUGGAGCCCCUUCUUAAAAUCGUGUCAUAAUGAUUACGCUGAGCAGUCCUGUGAUGUGUUUCAUCCAUGGGACUUGAGACGCGACCCCCGCGUCGUUCUCGCGCGGGCGGCUCGGGGGCGAAACCCUAGCCGCCCACGCCGCCACACCCUCAUCCCCCUCCUCCACCUCGCCGCCGCUGGAACUCGCCGGCGGCAAAGCCGGCGGCGUGCCGAGAAGGCGGCGGCGUGGCCCAAACGGCUCGGCGGAACCGGCCCCUGCGCGAGUAGGACGGAGAACGCCGACGAUGGCGCGGCCGGAGGUGGAGACGGCGGUUCGACUUGGGGCGGCGGAUCCGGCGCCCCUAUGGCCGGAUCUGGCUUCCCCACCCACGGAUCCGGUCGGCGCGGUGAGCGGCGCGACGGAGGCGGAGUGGGCGGCGAGCGGCGCGUGCGUGCCCUGCCGGCGCGGCGCGCGGCGUGGGCGUGCCCUGCCGGCGCGGCGGGCGGCGAGACGGGCAGCGCGACGGACGCGGUGUGGGCGGCGGGGGGCGCGACGCGGGCCCUGGCCAGCGCGGCGGCGACGCGGGUUGGGGUUGCUGCGGCGACGGCGCCUGCUCCUGCUCUGCCUCGUGCCCCCGCCCGGUGUCGUUGUCGGAUGGCGUGUAGGAGGAAGGCGAGGCCAGCGGGCAGGGCGAGGCGGCGGCCGGUGGUGUGCGAGGUGGUGCUGGCCAGACACGCGGCCUUGGCCCAAUGGCCGGUGGCGUGAGACUGUGGAGCUGGUGCGCGAGGAGCAAGUCGGCGGUGGUGACCGGGUCAUCAGGUGGCUGGCUGCCAUUGGUGACCUCAGUGGCUUUCGGCAGCACGCAGGAAGCGGUUUGGCAGUGAAGAGUUCAUCCUCUGUAUUGCCAGCUUGACCUGCGGGGUGGUAGACUGAGCUUGGGUGUUGAAGGGAUGGCAUGGUGGUCCGGCGAUGGUCGUUGUGCAGGAUAGUUGUGUGGGGUUUUGAUGGGAAACCGCUGGCGAAAGCCUUGCCAGGCCAUGGGCCAGCAUGACGACGGCGACGCCAUUUGGCGCCGUUCCCCUCCUUGGAGGUGUCGUCCUGGCGUUGACCCCUCAUAACACCAAGAACCCUCUGCGCGCAAUGGUAGCCUUGGUGGACUCCUGCAAUGUCCCCGAAGCUCUUCAGGUCUAGGGUGUUUGACGAGGCCUCACUUCCUUGGCUUCGUUCCUUGCUACAGCGGGUGUUCAUCACUCUUAUCUGGUUACUGUGGGGUAGUGUCGGAGCUGCUUUGCUGGGGACGAAGCUUGGCAACGAUGACACACUGCAAUCUCUUUAUAGGAUUGCUGAUGCUAGCUGUGUGUAGGAGUGGUUCCUUGGUAGCUUGGGCUGAUGUCCUUCGUGGGUGUCGUUCUUGUUUGUUCAUUUUGGCGUUAGGAUAGCAUCGCAUUGAAGUCGAAGCUGUUGUGUCACUUGGGUGGCAAGCUUGGCAACGAUAACAUGUGUAGGCUGCCGUGUCAUCUCAAUUGGCAAGCUUGGCCGAUGCCUUGUGUCGGGCUCUGUCGUGGUAGCUUAGGAUAGGUUAGCUGUUGGUGUGGUGUUGUAGUUGUGGUUUUCGCUCAGUUUUCCCUAAUUAACUGAGCACUGUAAGGUUUGAUCCCGUUUUCUCCUCAAAAUAGGAUAUCUUCUUCUUAAUAUAAAACGUCGGCAAUGGCCUGACCGUUCGAAAAAAAAAGUUGUUGUAAUUAAGUAAUUAAUUAGGAUAGUUAAGGACACCUACCAUGAUUGGCACAAUGAGGGCACAUCAGACUUUCUUAGUUGCGUGUGCCGUAUAUUUGAUAUGCACAAAACUAGGAUGUGCCACACGGAUUGUUAAGUACGUGCUACUAUGUGUUUUAGAGAAAGAAUGUCAUAUCUUUGUAAUUUGAUCUGUUUGUCAGUACUAGUACAAGAUGACAAAUACCAUUGUGCAUUUGUGCUUGACGUGCAUACAUUCAGAACUAACAAAAUCAUUAUGUACAUUUAUUUUUCUAAACAACAAGGGGUUUCAUUUUAGCUGAAAAAGCUACAUGCUCAAUGCGGUUAUGAACAGGGAAAGACAGUUCAAUUUUUUUUUUUACCUCUCAAGUAGUAGAGAGACGUAUAUACCUCUCGAAGAAACUUAACCUUUUAAUUUUUAUCAUCUUGGUUAAAAACAAAAAAUGUUUGAACUCAUCAAAACAUAAGCCAACAUUGAACAAAAUUUAUUUGUAUGGGCGUGUGUGAAUAGAAGAAGAAUACACGUCAGGUGUCUGAUGACUAUUCUUAAAAUUAGAAAGGUAGCCCGCGCAUUCGCGUGGGCAUGUAUCGUAUGUUCCGCUUGAGACACUUAAAGGAGAGGAAUAUUAACCGGAAAACACGUGCCAUACUUUAGAAGUAUGCUUGCUUCAGAAAUUUUCUUGUUGGCAUUGCUGAGAUAAUUUUCUAACCUAUUAGUGUUGUUCUAAUUAUCUAAGGCAAUUAUUAUGCAAUGGUUAAUGCAAUAGUUGUUUCAAAGUUUAUAGCACUUCACAAAUGGCAAAAGAUCAUUUUCCUUGCUCAGAUUAUUUGAGCACAUUACUUUUAAAAAGCUCAUGAAGCAAUCAGAUUGUUUUAUCUAUCUGGUCUUUAUGUAGCGGCUUGGACUAUUCAAAUGUGAGUCAGUUCUUUUGUUUAUAUAGUGUAUAUCUAAUUUAGUUAUUGAUGGGUGUUCUCAAACUAUUUCAUAUUUUUUAUAGCAAUUCAGAUAACAUGUAACGGGGCAGUGAUGUUUCUCCCUCUAAAUAAUUAUGUACUGGCUUGGACUAUCCAUAUUCGAGCUAUUUGUUUCUUAGGUACUAUAUAUCCAAUUUAGUUAUUCAUGUUUGAGAAAUAAUAUUGGUGCAACAAGUGUAGUUGAAAUAUUUUGUAGCUUUUUAUGGCAAUUUGGACAACAUGUAAAAUGGCAGGUGUUGUCCAUCGAUAAAAAAAUAUUAUUUCAUACUUGAAUUUAUAAUUUGUGUUUCAACACCAUUAAUUUUGCUUUAGCUAUCUAUAUUUAUGGAAUAAUAUAUAGAAUGACAUAGUAUAUAUUGAUAGUUUUUAUCGUAUUUCGUUGCUAUUUGGAUGACAUGUAAAAUGCAUGGAUCGACUAUUUCUGAGUGAUAUAUUUCUAAUAUAGAAAAGUAUAGGCAUAUGGACCUUCAAUUAUUCAUCUAAUUAUAAAUAGAAAAAUAGUUAUAAUAGAAAUUAGACAUGUACCUUAAAAUUUAUUGUCGUUUUAAAAUGUACAACUAUUUAUUGUGCUUCUCUUCUAGUUUGAUAGCUAAAUAAUUGAAAGGGGGAGAGGAAAUAGAUCCGUCGAUAAUGGUUGAAAAAUAGAUGUAAUUUACAUGGAAGCUGAUGGUAUGUGGUUUCACUUUUAUUCGUUGGAUCUUUUCUAAUUUUGAAAACAUGGCGCGUUAUGAUUUAAGAGUGUUUUAUAGGGCGUUUAACAUAUCUUUAUUAUUAUUAUUAUUAUGUAGAAUGAUUUAAGAUGAUAUAAUACAUAUUGAUUUUUUAAAAUAUUUGAUUGUAAUUUGGUUAUAAUGCUGAUAGGGGGUCUAUGUUGUAUUUUAAUUCUGACAUGUGGUGAUUUAUAGUACUUUUGAGGAUAUUUAAUGAACAAUUAAUGGAAUUUUAUUACGUAGAAUGAUUUAAGAUGAUAUAAUGCAUAUUGUCAAUUUUUUUAGUGUUCCAUUCAUAUGUAGUUACUAUGCAAAGGAUAGGAUCGGGGUAUCUAUGACGUAUUUCAAAUUUCACAAAGUAACAUAUAUGUAAUAUAGAUCUUGAAUUAUUUAUUUAAUUAUAAAUAAAGUAACAAUUAAUAUAUAUAUAUAUAUAAUUGAUCAUUUAGCUAUGUAACUAUUAAUUUUUUAAUAUAUUUUGUUGUUAAUUUGAAAAUAGUAGAGGAGAUAAUUGAAUGGGAGUUGAGAGGAGGGAAGGGAGAUGGCAGUACAUGAAUAUGGCAGGAUGAGGUAGUGCAUCAAUUUGUUUUUUUCUUCAAAUGUAUUUAUUGGGACACUGGUAGAGGAAGCGGGGGAAAUAUUUGUAAAUGGAUGUGCUGUUUCAGUUAUUUAAACCUAAUAAAGGGAGUGAUUGUUAGCACUAUUUUGACUGAGAAAGGCCUAAAAAGACUAUAGCCCUUCUUUGUUUAAGGUUAGGCUUAUUGGUUUAGGCUUUUAUGUUAGUUUACUGGCUUAUAUGAUUUAUAGCCUAAGGGUUGAAUGUCUAUCUCACAUAAGCCAAACAAGAACUUCUCCAACUUAGCUAUUAGAUUUUGGCUUAAUUGUAACACCCCAGGUAACCACGUACCUAGAGUGCCACAC